AUAUACAUCACAAAGAUGCCUUCUUGUUUCAAUCAUUGAUUUCUCCAUCUCAAUUCAAACAAACCCAUUAAAUUUAUCUGAUCAAAUCCAUUAUCAACAAUGGCUUCUCUCAAAUUCCCCAUUGUUCUCUUCAUUUCUUCUCUUCUUCUCCACUCUUCUCUAGCUGAGAUGAUUUGUGAAGAUUUGCCCAAAGACGUGUGCGCGUUUUCGAUAGCCUCAUCGGGGAAAAGAUGUGUGUUGGAAACGGCGGUGAAGAAAGACGGCGACGUCGAGUAUCAAUGCCGGACGUCGGAGGUUGUGGUGGAGAGGAUGGCGGAGUAUAUCGAGACUGACGAGUGUGUUGCUGCUUGUGGCGUCGAUAGAAACUCCGUCGGCAUUUCAUCAGAUUCUCUUCUCGAUCAACAGUUCACCGCCAAGCUUUGUACCCCUGCUUGUUACCAAAAGUGUCCCAAUAUUGUUGACCUUUACUUCAACUUGGCCGCCGGUGAAGGUGUAUUUUUGCCUGAUCUUUGCAACGCUCAGCGAUCGAACCCACGGCGAAGCAUGGUGGAGCUUAUGUUGAGCUCCGGUGCUGCCCCUGGCCCUUUUUCUGGCCAAGCAACCGCCGUUGAAGCCCCUGCCCCAUCCCCCAUGUGGUGAUCUAAAUUGCUUUCCUUCUUUUUUUUACUUCAAUAAUAUGGUUUCAUCACAAUUCACAAUUACUUCAUUUUCAAUGUGUGAUUUGGUUUUGAGGAAUACUUGAGAGAGAGAAUAUAUUUGUAUUUUAGAAUUUUCAGGGUGGAUUUAUUGGAUUGGACAUUCAUUUGUUAAAUUAUAAUAAUAUGUGUCUUCUAUUUAUUAUAAA